CUCUGGUCACACUCUCCCCUGCGGUUCUCUGCUCCUCCGCUUCCCUAACCAGCUCGGACCCCAUCGACAGCUCCGACGAAGAUGCUCGUAAACCCUAGCAGCAUCCGCUGCAGGUGCCACUCGAUCAAGCCCCCUUUUCCCAGUUCCGGCAAUGGCCGCAGAGUCUCGCCCCUCCCCCACUUUUCCCGCUUUCUCCAGCCCAGGAAGUCCAAGUUCCAUUCACUAUCCCUGCUUGCGUCGACGAGCGGUUAUUACUCGAAGCGGUUCAGUGUUCGAGCUGUGGUGGAAGCUGAAGAUGCUGACUCUGCGCUGGCUGAUGGUCCGAGUUCGGGAUUUCCGCAGCCUUUCUCCGUCGAAAUUCCGUUCGGCAACAGACGCAUUUUAGUUGAGACGGGUCAUAUGGGGAGGCAAGCUAGUGGAGCUGUUACCAUAACAGAUGGCGAAACAAUUGUCUUCACUUCAGUUUGUUUGUCAGACACUCCAAGUGAGCCUUGUGAUUUCUUCCCUCUUUCUGUUAAUUAUCAAGAGCGGUUUUCUGCAGCUGGUCGAACUAGUGGAGGUUUUUUCAAACGAGAAGGGAAGACUAAGGAUCAUGAGGUUCUCAUUUGUAGAUUGAUAGAUAGACCUCUACGUCCAACCAUGUUCAAGGGCUUCUACCAUGAAACUCAAGUUCUAUCAUGGGUUUUAAGUUAUGAUGGUUUGCACUCCCCUGAUUGUUUGGCAGUCACAGCAGCUGGAAUAGCGGUAGCCCUUUCAGAAGUACCGAACACAAAAGCAAUUGCAGGGGUUCGAGUUGGUCUUGUUGGAGAUAAAUUUAUUGUGAAUCCUACAACUAAGGAGAUGGAAGAAUCAGACUUGGAUUUGGUGCUUGCUGGAACCGAUAGUGCCAUCUUGAUGAUAGAGGGGUACUGUAACUUUCUGCCAGAGGAGAAAUUGCUUGAGGCAGUAGAAGUGGGGCAGGAAGCAGUACGAGCAAUCUGCAAGGAGGUGGAUGCUUUGGUCAAGAAGUGUGGGAAGCCAAAGAUGAUGGAUGCAAUUAAAUUACCACCGCCGGAGCUAUAUAAGCAUGUUGAGGAAAUCGCUGGUCAUGAAUUGGUGAAAGUGCUGCAAAUCAAACAAAAGAUACCCAGAAGAAAGGCACUAACGUCUUUGGAAGACAAGGUAUUGACUAUACUCACAGAAAAGGGAUAUGUCAGCAAAGAUGCAACCUUCGUUCCAGCGGAGACAAUACCAGACGUACUUGAGGAUGAGGAUGAAGAUGAGGAAGUAGUUGUGGACGGGGAAGUUGAUGAAGGUGAUAUUCACAUCAAGCCACUGCCUAGAAAAUCAACUCCCUUGUGCUUUUCUGAGGUGGAUGUGAAGCUUGUUUUUAAGGAAGUCAGCUCCAAAUUCCUUCGAAGACGUAUUGUAGAGGGGGGGAAAAGAAGUGAUGGACGAACAUCAGAUGGAAUACGUCCAAUUAACUCAAGGUGUGGAUUACUUCCUCGAGCACAUGGUAGUGCUCUUUUUACACGUGGGGAAACGCAGUCAUUGGCAGUGGUUACCCUGGGUGAUAAGCAAAUGGCGCAAAGGAUUGACAAUCUUGAGGGUGAUGAUGAGUGGAAGAGAUUUUAUCUUCAGUACUCAUUUCCUCCUUCAUCUGUUGGGGAAGUUGGGCGAAUGGGAGCACCUAGCAGAAGAGAAAUUGGACAUGGCAUGCUUGCUGAGAGAGCUCUUGAAACUAUAUUGCCUUCUGAAGAUAAUUUUCCUUACACAAUCCGUGUUGAGAGUACGAUUAUUGAGAGCAAUGGCUCCUCAAGCAUGGCAUCUGUCUGCGGGGGAUGUUUAGCUUUGCAAGAUGCUGGGGUUCCAAUUAAAAGCUCCAUUGCGGGGAUAGCCAUGGGAAUGGUAUUAGACACGCAGGAAUUCGGGGGAGAUGGAACCCCUCUUAUUCUUUCUGACAUAACAGGAUCUGAAGAUGUAUCAGGAGACAUGGAUUUUAAGGUAGCAGGAAAUGAAGAUGGCAUAACAGCAUUUCAGAUGGAUAUAAAGGUUGGAGGAAUUACUUUACCCAUCAUGAGGAAGGCACUUCUACAAGCAAGAGAUGGUCGAAGGCAUAUACUUGGGGAAAUGUUAAAAUGCUUGCCUCCCCCUUCGAAAAAGCUCUCUAAGCACGCUCCACUGAUUCAUGUGAUGAAGGUCAAACCAGAGAAAAUCAAUUUGAUCAUUGGUACCGGCGGGAAGAAGGUGAAGAGUAUAAUUGAAGAAACUGGUGUAGAGUCCAUUGACACCCAGGAUGAUGGACUAGUGAAGAUUACGGCAAAAGAUUUGUCUAGUCUGGAGAAAUCUAUGGCCAUCAUCAGUAAUCUGACAAUGGUUCCGACUGUUGGUGACAUUUAUAGGGACUGUGAGAUCAAAUCAGUUGCUCCAUAUGGAGUUUUUGUUGAGAUAGCACCUGGUAGAGAGGGUUUGUGCCAUAUCAGCGAGUUAAGUUCAAGUUGGCUUCCUAAGGCUGAAGAUGCUUUUAAAGUUGGGGAUCAUAUUGAUGUAAAACUUAUCGAGGUGAAUGACAAGGGUCAACUUCGUCUGAGCCGCCGAGCACUAAUGCCUGAUUCUGAGCAACCGAAUGCCAGCCCUAAGCAGCAGACAGAUGCUUCUGAAGAUGGCUCCACUUCACCAACGUUGCCCGACUUGGAUGGACCGAAGAAGGUCAUGAUCAAAUUGAAGGACGAAUCUGAGUCUUCCGAGGGCAGCACUACCUCACCUAGAAGCAGCUCACCAGAGCAAACCACACCACCACGGAAGAAGGCCGUCAAGAGAGUGGUGAACCCCACCAAAGACCGGACUUACAUCAACAAAGAAAGGGCUAAGAAGAGCACAACAUCCAAAGAGGGAACUAGUUUAGUUAAUGGAGAGGCCAAGAUUGGAUGAAGACUGAAGAUGAGAAACUUGUGGAGGCUCAUUUACAUAGCAACGGGCCCUUUUAAUCAGCUUCUAGAGUGAACCGUUGAAGAGGAACCUGUCAUCGAUGAGUUUCUAUCCCCAGCCAUAGAGCUUAUCUUAUAAGGGGCCUGACAUUGAGGGAUGGAGAUCCCUCUUUGGAACCGCCGGUCUCAUCGCAAGGACAAAAUAUUUGCAGGAGAAUGCAUGAAUGGAGUGUCUUAGACAGGCCUCGGACUGCAAAGCGAAAUUACAUAGCUAGAGGAUUCCAAAUGCUAGUUAAAUCUGUCCUUUGCUAAUUUUGCAAUCUUCUUGUCUGUCUAAAGGUUUUAGCUUCUGCUGAUCGACAUUACGAGCCCCUGGAUUAGAUUCGCGUCCUUUUCUACUACCACUGCAAGUACUAUCGCUUUUCAAGAACGAAUUGCUUGGUGCUUUUCGACUUGCUGUUUUCGACUUAUCAAAUCUGAAAUUCAGGUGA